ACUCAGUCUGUGGGCACAGCGGAUGUCGCACACCAGCAGCAGCUCAGAAGGCAGCGAGGUGACAGGUAGUUGAGGAAGUAAUGGAGGAGUUGGCGAGGGAGCAGAUCCAGCCCCGCAGCGAACAGUUGGAGGGAGAGCACAGGGGAUUGCUGCAGAUGGCCGCCCACCUCAGAGAGGUACGGAGGGCUGGGGAGUACCAGCUACUGGACGACCACUACGGCGCCAGCGACUCUGGCUGCGACAGCGCAGACGAGUUCGACCCGGUUGAAGACCUGGAAGCCCAGAGGCUCCAUCAGGAGAGCGACACUGGCGACGAAGACGUGGACUGCAGCGACUGCGAGGGCGCGGUUGGGUUGGACGGCUUGUCAGACGAGUUGACGGGGGGCUUAUCUCCGGUAGGAAGCUCUGGGCAAGAUGGUUCCGACGAGGGAGUGCUUUCGGGCGGUUCGCCUUGUGCAUCUGCAGAGGAACUCGUAACAGAUGGUGAAACUCGGUAUAGCUCCACAACUUUGUUAGGGGACGACCAAGAUUUAGAAGGGGAGCUAUCGGAAGAUUCUCCAAGUCUGUCUCCAGACAGACAGAGGUCAGGCGAGUGGAUGGACUGCAACUGCUCAGCAGGGGACGAGUCUUCCGGUGCCGGCGAACCAAGGGACGGAUCCACACAAUGAACGUCCGUGCCGUACUCAUGUAAGUUAAAUACUAGUCAGCAAAUUAGGCAUCAGUAUAUCUGUAUUUGCACACACUAAAUUAUUCGUUCGAAACAUUAAUUUCAGAAACGUUGUCAAUACACUAUGUUCAUUCACUUGCUUAUUAUUGUACUCAUCUUACAGUCGUCGAUCGAAAUUAUGCAAGCUCAGUUAGUUACGUAAGCUCACCGGACAAAAGAACUAGCUACCUGAGUGCACACUGACAGAUGAAUCGUCAUGCCUUUGGAGUUGGAACAGCGAUCGAGCCACAUGUUCAACAGGAGGCGCACUGCCUUUAUGCAAACAUAAGCCAGUUGCAGUCGUUCAGACAUUUAUGUUUCAAGCAGAUAUUGUAUGAAAAUAUGGGUAAAUAUAAGGUUCAAAUGGCUCUGAGCACUCUGGGACUUAGCGCUUGAGGUCAUUAGUCCCCUAGAACUUAGAAAUACUUAAACCUAACUAAACGAAACACAUCACUCACAUCCAUGACCGAGGCAGGAUUCGAACCUGCGACCGUAGCGAUCGCUCGGCUCCAGACUUUAGUACAUAGAACAGCACGACCGGCGGUAAAUAUGAGGACGUGAUAAAGUGCCUAAAGGGGCAGACGUGUGUGACUGUGCCCGUAGCUAUGUGAUGUGUAAAUUUGCUUGAAUUCUUGGCGUUGCGCGGUAGAACGUUCAAAGAGCAAGCAAUGGUAAGACACGUGGCCACGUCAGGAUUGUGGUCGCAGAGAGAUCCUGACUGAGAGGGACUGGAGACGCGUUUCGUGGCUUGUGAAACAAAAUCGUUUCCAAACCCCACAACUAUUCCGCAGGCAGUGAAUGGAGGUCCAUCCUCAUCUGUUACCGAGAGAAAAUUGCGGUGACCUCGUAAGAAGCCGUUUCUCACACAGGCACGUAAAAACAGCUAACUUCAUAAGGCUGGAAGAAUAUGUGAUUGGUUUUCUAAACACCCCACACCCUAUUACAUCUCGGCUGGCCUGCAAAAUCACCUGGCUUGAACCGAGCAGAAAAUGUGUGGAACAUGUUGGAACAGCGGAUAAAACACCGACUUCAGCAUCCCCGCAAUUCGUUGUCAAUAAGAGCUCAAAUCCUUAGCGAGUGGAUGCGAAGUUCCUGCACAACCUUGCGGACUCACUUCCUAACCAAGUCCAGGAGAUUACCAAGUCCAGGGGCGUAAUUAUCCAGUGUUAAGUGAUGUUCUUAGUGAUUGUUCUAACGGUGUCUAAUUUUUGUCCGAUGAGUUUAUAUAUAAUUAAAUGCAGGGAAUAUUGUAUUUCGACUCAGAGCAAUUUUACCUACUUCUUAUCCUGUGUAUUUCUGGCCAAGGAAAGCCACAAUUUGUUUCAUUCCUGACACACCAAUGUGAACAUUGCAAAGUAUUUGUUUUGCUUUACUACACCUGUCCGCUUUCACAGCUCAGUGUUCAGCGUUUCUGGCUGCUGUGUGGAGGGUCCACGCUAGAUUCACUAAACCUUGUGAUGGAAACUGUGGAGCUAUUUACGUGAGAAGCAGCUGUUACGAGAUCAAGAAAACCGACAACGAUCGGAAGAGCAGUGUGUUGACCCCAAACCCCUCCGUACGGCAUCCAGUGACACUACUUAGCAUGGAUGACAUGGUUGUCGGGCGGUCCCGACUAGCCCACUACGGCCACAACGCACAACCAUGUGCUUUUGCUUUUAUAGCAGAGCUAGUCGAAUAAACAUUUUACAUCUAUUAACAGUAUAUUUACUUUUUUCAUGUGGUACAAAUGCCACUAAUUCAACUUAUAGCCUGUCAAUUCUCAUUCCAAUAUAAAACUGCCUUUAAAAUUACCUUCCUCUGCUUAAUGGAUAACUAUCUAUGUUUUAUGUAAAUAUACUGAUGCAUUCAAUCCGUUACUUGGUAUCGGGAUUAUAAAUAUAAAAAAUAAUAAUUUUUCGCUUCACUUUCUGUGGAUUACUUGUAGGUACAGUUACAAGUGCAGUUAACGAGUGCAAAUGAAACAUGAGUGUUGUUAAAGCAUCCCUCUUGAAGUGCCUUCCUCCAUUAAAUUUUCUUAUGGUCAGAGCAGUCUUCCAAUAUGUAUUGUAGUUCCCUGUGAAAUCUCUGCUAUCUUGCAUGUCGAAGUUAUAAAACUUGCAGUGAGUCGACAAGUCGACUGACCGUAUUGUGCUAUUUGGAAGUUAGAAAUCAAACAAUGUUGUUAUAUGCAACUGUAAAUACAUGUGGACUGUAGAGUGGUUAUUGUUGCUAUUUCUUAAAUUUCAUUCACUCUAUUUCACUAUUAGUUACUUUUUGAUACUUGUAUUUCAUUUUUGCUUUCAUUAAAAUUCUUACUCACAUAA